CUGAAUGGGUAAGUGCUGAACCAGUAAGAGGUCUGAACCAUUAAGUGCUGAACCAGUAAGAGGUCUGAACCAUUAAGAGCUAGUAUAUUGCUUAACUAUUCAGAGGCAAAUGUCUGAUCAAUUCAGAUAAGAGGUAUUAACCAUUCAGACUUUGUAUAAUACUUAACCAUUCAGAGGCAAAUCUCUUAACCAUUCAGACAUCUGAACCAUUAAGAGACUGAAACAAACAGUCUGAACCAUUUAGGGCUGAACCAUUCAGAAAUCUGAAACAAACAUCCCUAGCUGAGCGGUUAGGAAGGACAAAUUUGAAGUUCCUUAAUUCAGAAAUCGGCAUUAUAGACAAAGCAUCGAGUCCUUUACCCAUAUCCGUCAGACGCGAAGUACACUGAGAGCAAACAUGCUCGGGAAUGAAGAAUCCGGCACACUGUUGACCCUGCUCAAGGCCGGAGACGAUCCACACCGGCCGUUGGAAUCCAUAGUCGACGAUUUCAAAUCAAAGUUCCAUUCUUCUCGCCACUUCAAUGCCUGCGUCUCUCUCGCCUUGAUUCUCGAGGGAAAGUUUCUUAAAACAGCUCAGAGGUUGGCUGCUUUUGCAAUUCUUUGCAGAGUAUAUUCUUCCCAAGAGCCAUCAUCAAAUCCUUUCAUCUCUAUGCUUGUAAAUGUUGCGUCUGAUGAAGCAGCUGAAAAAUGUGAAAGGACGUUUAUCCUUCAGUUGCUAAGUUCUGCCAACAGUAAAGAGAUUUUGAACAAGUCUGCUACAGAUUACAUUUUAAAUUAUGACCCUUCACGACAUUCUUUCCCACAACGCGAGCAGUUGCAACAACAGUAUGGAGGUAAAGCUCAACAAGAAAAAUUUAACUUCUUUUUCAAGAGCAAGUUGGUGAAUAAUACAAUUCCAGAUCCUGAUGUGCCACAUGGUUGUGAUAACAGUUCAACAGAGUUUGAUUUGCAACUGGGAUCUAAACCAAAGAUCGGAUCUGGGGAUGUCAAUGAAACUAUUACUGGAGUGUUGUCGAAUGUGUCCCUGGAAGGGUUAGGACCUCAGUGGAUAAGGCCUCGCCCUCCAAGGCUUCCGGUGCUCGAUGGUGAGCUAGUGUGGCUCAACCCUGAUUCCAAUUAUGAGCUUAAGUGGGAUCAUGGAAUGUGUGCGGAUACUAGUAGAGGGGCAGCAAUGAGGGACUCGAUUGCAAAAGCUCUGAAGGGACCACUUGCUCCUGCACAUCAAGAGCAAGUUGUAUCAGAGUUGGCCAAUGACCCAAAGCUAGUAUACCAUUGUGGUCUGACACCAAGAAAGCUUCCAGAGCUCGUUGAGAACAAUCCUGUUAUUGCAGUAGAAGUUCUUACAAAAUUUGUGAAUUCACCAGAAAUUGCUGAAUACUUCAGAGUUCUUGUUAAUAUGGAAAUGAGUCUUCAUUCAAUGGAAGUAGUCAACAGACUCACCCAAGCAGUUGAUUUGCCAACUGAAUUCAUACAUAUGUAUAUCACCAACUGUAUAUCUUCCUGUGAGAAUAUCAAGGACAAGUAUAUGCAGAAUAGACUGGUGAGGCUCGUCUGUGUCUUCCUGCAGAGCUUGAUCCGGAAUAAAAUAAUUGAUGUUCAAGAUCUAUUCAUUGAAGUCCAAGCAUUUUGCAUUGAGUUCUCAAGAAUUAGGGAGGCCGCGGGAUUAUUUAGGCUGCUUAAAGCCUUAGACGAUUCAGUAGAGGCCACCCCCACGCCUGCUGCUACUUGAAUAGACGUUUCUUUUUCCGAUGGGUCGCCGGAUUAAUUAAUUUGCAUUAUUGUCUCUUCCUCAUUUCUCCCCCUUCCCAAUUUUAUCUAUUUCUCCCCCUCCCUGUCUUUUAGCAUAUAUUCAUACAUGGUGAUAAUAUACAUCUUCUCUGGUUAUUAUUGCUCGUUUCAGUUCUUAACCAUCAUUGGGUAUUUGACUUUUUUCUUAUGAUCUUGCAUCUUUUAGAAAAAAGGUGGCCAACAGAUGGAAGGAGCCUAUUAUUCUCUCCUCUGGAUAAGUUGACUUCACACAAUUUAAGUGAAUUGUUGAACAGUAAAAAGUGAGUGAUUGG